UCAGCAACAACAAGUUGCUACCGAACCACAAAAACAACAAGUCGAUCGUUUUCGUGCUCCUCGUCGUUCAUAUAAUCCUAAUCCUCGUCGUUCACCUUCUGCUCAUUCCACAUUGAAUCAAGUUUGAAUUCGUUUUUAAAUUUUAUUGUUUUUUAGAGUAUUGGUCAUUUUCAAUUGGAUCCUAAAUUUUAUCAAAAUGAUUUUGAUGACGGUGAGAGGACUUUAUUAGCUGCUAAUUCAAAACCAAAUCAAACCAUCGAUUUAAAUUCUACAUUUACUAAAAAUGAUUUGGUGCCACCGGAGCGAGGUGUUUUAUCAAUUCGAAGUAUUCAACCAAUUGUUGAUCAAAAUGAUUUACAACCAAUCAAACCUGUUAUCCGCCCUGUCAGCAUAUUUUCUCGUCGUAGUGAAUCUGUAUCUUCUAUUUCUUCGUUAGAAAGUACUGAAUAUAUUGAUCGAGCUGUUCAUAAUGUCUCUUGCUUACAAUUAAGCGUUGCUGAUGAAGCGAUUGCUCAGUUAUUACAUUUAUUGAAUGAUCCCAACAAUCGUCAAUAUAUCAUUGAUAGAUCAGAGCUUAUUUUAAAAAUG